GACUACGAACAGAAAUUCCUCGAAGACAAGCAAUAUGAAGAACUGGGUCCUGCUGCCAGGGUAUGGAGGACAUACCUUGAAGAGUGCACUGGGUUUGACAUUGAGAUGGUGGAGGGAUGGAGGGAUGGAUUGGACAUUUUGCUAGCUUUCGCUGGUCUUUUCUCUGCUGUGGUUACUACAUUUGUCGCACAGACGUCCCAGAGCCUUCAAGUUGACUAUGAUCAAGUCACAGCAUCGCUACUGUUUGAGCUUAUCGAUAUCCAGCAUGUGGCAGCCAAUGGUUCCCUCGUGAAUGACAUCCUUUGUUCAGGCCUCACUCUAUUCUUAGAUUUUCAUCCUACAACAUCCGAUUCAUUGAUCAAUGGACUGUGGUUCACAAGUCUCUCAUUCAGCCUGACUACUGCACUCUUCGCUGUCCUGACGAAACAAUGGGUCCAUCAAUACAUGGCAGUAACAUCGGGCACACUUCAAAACAGAUGCCGUGUGCGUUAUUUUUGA